CUUGUAAUAUUUUGCAAUAGAUCACACAGGAAGUUCCAUUUCCUAUUUUCAGAUAUAGGGUUUAACUACAUGCUUGUUCACAAAGACGACAACUACACAGUCUGAUAAAACAAGCUUGAUAAACCGGUCAUCAGCUGAACGUGUCCAGCACAGCACCCACCAGACAGGGCCGCACACAGUUUUUAUUGCAGUUACCUAAGACCAGCCCUUUUCCAUGGGUGGGCCCCUGAUUUGGAAGGGGGCACUGCCUUUGCCAUUGGAACCCGAACCAACGCUACUGACUUGCUGCUCACCAACAGCCAUUGCAGCAUCUUCAUCAGAUCAGCACACAAUGGAGAACUAUACCACUGACUUGGAUGACAUGUCAACAACAACAUUUGACUAUGGUGAUACAGCACCAUGUAUGGGAACUGAGGAAAAGCACUUUGCAGCAAAUUUUCUGCCACCGCUUUACUCUUUGGUGGUGAUAUUUGGCUUCAUAGGCAACAUUCUCGUAGUCCUUAUCCUUGUAAAAUACAAGAGGUUGAAGAGUAUGACCGACAUCUACCUGCUCAAUCUGGCCAUUUCUGAUUUGCUGUUUGUAUUUUCUCUUCCAUUCUGGGCUUAUUAUGCUGCUCACGACUGGAUUUUUGGAGAUGCGCUGUGCCGGAUUCUCUCAGGUAUCUACCUCCUUGGCUUCUACAGCGGCAUCUUCUUCAUAAUUCUGCUGACCAUAGACAGGUAUCUGGCCAUAGUUCACGCAGUGUUUGCUAUAAAAGCUCGGACAGUCACCUACGGCAUCUUCACCAGCACUGUCACAUGGGCUGUUGCUAUUUUUGCCUCUGUUCCUGGAAUAGUAUUUCACAAAACUCAAACAGAACAUGCACAGUAUACAUGCAGUUUUCAUUAUCCUCCAGAUAGCCUAAUAAAUUGGAAGCAGUCCUACAUUUUGAAGAUGAACAUUCUUGGGCUUCUCAUUCCAAUGAUCAUUAUGAUUUUUUGUUACUCUCAGAUUCUAAAGACAUUAUUGCGAUGUAGGAAUGAGAAAAAACAGAAGGCGGUUCGACUGAUUUUUGUCAUCAUGAUUUUUUAUUUCAUCUUCUGGACUCCAUUCCACGUCACUUCUUUUGUGCACACAUUUCAAACUUCUUUUUUUUCCCCAGACUGUGACAGCCAAAGCAGACUGGAGAAAACAAUUCAAGUGACAGAAACAAUCUCAAUGAUCCACUGCUGUAUCAACCCUGUGAUCUAUGCAUUCGUUGGAGAAAAAUUUAGGAAAUAUCUUUACACGUUUUUCCGAAAGCAUGUUGCAGCUCACCUGUGCAAAAAGUGUCCAUCUUUUUAUCGUGAAAAAUUAGAAAGAGUUAGUUCCACAUUCACAGCAUCUACCGCUGAGAACGACAUCUCUACUGGGUUGUAAAAAUACUUCUCAAGUCCAGCUAGUGAAUGUUGCAUCUAUCCUUCUCUUUGCAUGAAGAAAUGGAUGACGUUAUAAAAGAUCUUUAUGUCAAUUCUUGUGGUUAGUUGCCUAUAUCACGCCAUUUUUGUUCUUAGUUAAAGAGAAACAACCGUUUCCCAAUAAUUGUUAGUAUCACAGCUUGAUGAAGGGAUGAUUUGUUUGAUCUUGAUGGCUGACCCACAUUCUGUCAGAUGAAUAAAUAUUCAUGACUUUCAGUAGGGGAGAAUAUAAAAUAGACAAAGGAGUAAUAAGUCAUCUCACAAGAACCAUUUACAGCCACAUGAAUAAUAUAAGACCAGGAGGAAGCUUUGAGGAUUGAUGUACCUUUUCAGUAUACAGCGUACAUGGAACACCUAACAUCCUGACAUUUGGAAGUAAAAGCAUGCUUUCUGCAACACAGUCAGCCAUUUGGUAGUAGGAAGCUUUCAGUAUUCUUUAUUUUACUCCUCUUUCUCUUAGUUUCUCUACAUGAAUAAGAGGCAUUUCCAAGAAAAGGAUGAAGAUGAAAGAUAGCAAGACAACAACUCUUUACUGAUUGGAGAGGUGACUGACCUUUAUCUUACUGCAGCCACUUAACCCAAGGAUUCAUCUGUAAGCUAGCUGUUUCUAAACAUAAUCCUUUUUACUAUAGACUAAAUUUCAGUAUUUUUAUUUUAGAUUUUUAAACUUAUGCCAAUCCUAUCAUUGUUUGGCUGCUAACAUUUUUCAAGGUGAGCUUUUAACGGACAAGAUUGUGAUUUUUGUGGGUGCAGUUUUACAAGUAAUUGCAAGGCUAAUGACUGUACAAGAAGUCAGUGUUGUACCCCCGAACAACCAUGAACUUGUUUCUGACAACUACGGGGAAAUAGCACUUAGUAAAGGAACAUCAACAGAAAUCUGCAAGGACAGAAUUAAAAUCAUCUUAGUUCUAGCUGAGAUGCAUGAUUAUGUAUGAAAAUACAUAAUCCUUCAGAGGAUUUUGGAGACCAUGGGCUUAGUACUGAGUGGAGGCCUCUCUCAUUCUGGAAAUAGAAAUCACACGUGUAAAGGGAGACUUUCAACAGCAGAUGCAGAAACAGUGUCAGGAUAGGCUCCUGCAUGUGCUCUGGACUUAUGCAGUAAGUUUGCUGUUUGGGACAGACUUCUUGGAAGACAGCAGCCUUGGAAGCACAGAAUCAGCCAGCUGUAGAGGAGAUGUAACUGCCUUGCUGUCCCAGGAGAUCAAUGCACAUCACCUCCAUUGACACAAUCAGGAAUGCACGCUUUUUGAGGACUUGUGACCAUUACUCUACUGGUGUUGUGGCAAAGCAUUUAUGCCAGGCCACACUUUUAUGCCACUGUGGGGAAUGUUUCAAUAAAGAAGAAGGGGUAUCCUAGGAUGUGCUAUUAACUUUAAACUGUUACUUUAUACCAUAAGUAAGUGCAGGUAAACGCUUCUUACAUAGGUGAACAGUGAUGCUUUUUUCCCAUUUCCUUCAAGGGGCACCAUUCAAGCAUGCAAAGUUUUAGUCUAAGAAAUCUGCAAAUCCAGUGGCAUCCAUCCAUGGCAAUCUCAAGAUGGAAGAAGGGAUUGCACACCCCUUAACACUGUGUGUGACUUAGUCGCAUAUGUUAACAGCAAAUCUUUUCAAGGUCCUUCAGUAGCCAGUGGAGAAAAAGAGAUGCCUGAGUCAGAAGCAGACAUGAUUUAAAAGGCCUCUGGGGGAGAUUACUUGUCUGACUGUAAAAAGAACCUAGAAAUAUCAGCUUCUUAAUUUAGGGAUUAGAUGUCCUAGUUGCAGUGGUGUGAAUAGUCUUCCCUCUUCAGCCUUAUUACCUCAAGGCACCACUUCUAUUGGCUGUUAGCUAGUUUCCUAUCAGCUACUACAUUCUGGUUGCUCCCCUGUGAGGUUAACAGCCAUAGGUAUACAAAAGGAAAGGCCAAAAACUCUGCUCACAGUAAAUAACACUUUUCAUUUCUUUUGUAUUUUUACUGCACAAAAGCAGAAGCACCGUUUUAAUGUUAAAGUAUAAAUAGUAUGAUGUAAAUCCUGCUGUAACUGUGGUAUUUCUAUUGCUGUGCUUUAUUUGAAGUUCUUGUUCCAUGAAAUUAUGUUUCUUCCUAUUUUAGAGUUAAUGCAGCAAAACUAAUAAAAUCUGUGUCUGAGAA